AGUCAUCGGCGCACAUCACCGACUACCGACUGGCAUUUAUUAUUCUCGAAAAGUGGUUCUGCCACACCACCAACACCCAUUUUCGUUCCACCGGUGAUUCAUUCCCCGAUCGCAAAAAUGGCGUCUGACUUGACCACACCUGUGUUGGAUGCCCUUGCCUCGUCCGAUGGCCCUAUCUUCUCCACCGAUGCUUUCCCCUCUGCCCCCUCCACGACGAUAAAGGCCUCGCUCGACCGUCUAUCCUCGAGAUCAAUGGUUGAAUAUGAGACGAGUGAGAAAGAAAUUCUCGUAUUAACCGAAGAAGGAGAAUCGAUCGCCGCCAGUGGCUCUCACGAAGCUAAGGUGUUUGAUGCCGUCGUGGCAGCCUUGGAUGGUCUGAAGAUCACAGAUCUACCUGGAAUUGUCGGCAAAGACGUCGCUAAGGUUGGACAAGGAAACGCAUUCAAGCGAGGCUGGAUUAAAAAGGACAAGGAUUUACUGCGGGCAAAUACGGACAAGAUCCUCGACGAAACUAGGGAACAAAUAGAGACUGUCAAGAACACUCAGACUCAUCCCGAUAGCAAGGUUGUCGCGGAUUUGAAGAAGAGAAAACUUAUUACCAUCCAGAAGGUUUUCAGUUUCAAGAUCUCCAAGGGCCCUAAAUAUGCCAGGGAAUUCGUUAAAGAAGAGACAGACCUGACUGCCGAGAUGUUGGCCAAUGGCUCAUGGAAGACCGUCCACUUAAAACCCUAUAACUUCAAGGCCAAGGGUGCGCCGACACCCACUGGAGCACUUCAUCCUUUGAACAAGGUGCGACAAGAAUUCAGAAACAUCUUCUUUGAAAUGGGAUUCGAAGAAAUGCCUACGAAUCGUUUCGUCGAAACCGGCUUCUGGAACUUCGACGCCCUCUAUGUGCCACAACAACACCCCGCCCGUGAUUUGCAGGACACUUUCUACAUCUCCGAUCCCCUCAAGGCAGAUCCUCCUCGCGAAGACCCUCCAAACGACCCACAUCUCGUCAAGACAUCUUCCAUGCCAUCAUCUGCGAAAAAGACCGAGGAUAAGCCUCUCAACUACCAAGAAUACUGGGACAAUGUGCGUGCUGUCCACGAAACUGGCAAGUAUGGAUCUGUCGGAUAUCGUUAUCCAUGGAAUCCCGAUGAGUCUUUACGACUAGUGCUCCGAACACAUACAACCUCGGUGUCAACAUAUAUGCUACACAAGCUUGCCGCCAACCCACGCCCAGCACGCUACUUCAGUAUCGACCGCGUUUUCCGAAACGAGGCAGUUGACGCCACCCACUUGGCCGAAUUCCACCAAAUCGAAGGUGUGAUUGCCGAUUUUGGAUUAGCACUGGGUGGUUUGAUUGGUUUUAUGGAGGUCUUCUUCGCGAAGAUGGGCAUUCAUCAACUACGCUUCAAGCCUGCCUACAACCCUUACACUGAGCCUAGUAUGGAGAUUUUUGGAUAUCACGACGGACUCGGCAAAUGGGUGGAAAUCGGAAAUAGCGGCAUGUUCCGUCCGGAAAUGCUUGAGCCUAUGGGUAUCCCUAAGGACAUGCGUGUGUAUGGAUGGGGUCUGAGUCUUGAGCGACCCACGAUGAUCAAAUACGGUGUGAGCAACAUCCGAGAGCUCCUCGGCCACAAGGUUGACCUCAACUUCAUUGAGACGAAUCCUGCCGUGCGUCUCGAAAGGGACUAAUCAGAUUUACGUAUUGGAUGUUAGGAAAUAUCCAAAUGGAACGAGUCAUGAUCGGCGAUAUAAAAAAAAACCUAUGAAGUGCCUCUGGAUACCUAUGUAUGAUAGAACUACGUCCAGAUAGAUGAAUAAAGCCAAGCAGGAUACCAUGUCU